CACAAGUUGUGCUGGACUCUGUUCUUGAGCUCGGUAAGUUACUAAAUGUACAGAGCUUGAAAGGUCUUCCAUUUAUUGGUCAGAUUAGUUCAUAACGUGUCAGAAAGCGGAAAAAUUCACUGCCUUCCAAAGAAGUCAGUCGUCCGGCCGUAGGAAUGCCUCUUUCCAACCGGGUAUCGAGGUCUUUACUUUAUAGGUUAUGGCAACCUCUUUCUUUUUCUGAAAAGCGCAGGCCAUAAAUCGAGCGGAAAAAACGAGGUUUCUUGACUUACAGCACAGACCAAGAAAACGAAUCUUUAAAGUCAGGCAAGAUGGGUGUAUUGUCAUUCAUGUUGGUCUCUUUCCUUGGUACCCUGCCAAUUGCUGCUGCUGUGCCUCCAUCAUGGAAUUGCAAAGUCAAUAUGGGAGUUAUUUUGGAUACGUCCCCCAGUUUCACUGAGGAGCAAUUUAAAAAGACGAAGGAGUUUAUCAUGGAUCUGGCCAGGAGCAUUGAUUUGGAGUCAGGCGCUUCACGGUUUGGUCUUAUUACCAAUGACAACUAAUAUGCAAAGUUAGAAUUGGCCUUUGAUUUGAGUCGUGGAGGAAAGCAAGAACUUUCUUAUAUUGGUCAGAAGCUCGACGGUGUGGAACAAACAUCAAAAUUCAGUUUAUACAGGGUUCUCAGGAAAGCUGACAGCGAUUUAUUCACCUGGAAAGUGACCAAGGAUGGUAGAGACAAAGUGUUGAUUAUUUUGAGUGAUGGAGGAUAUAAGUCGAAGGUCUACGAAUACAAGUCUUACGUGAAAGCAUUAGAGAAAAAAGGUGUGAAGAUACUUGCUGUUGGAAUCGGAUUGCCGAACAAGCCAAUACAGAAAGAGGAUUUCCUUCCAAUUUUGUCAAACAACGAGAAGAGGCUUUUCGAAGUCAAUGAUUUAAAAGAGCUGCCCAGUCUCUUACCAACCAUAAUGCGUGAGAGUUGCAAAGAAUCCAAGACAUCUACCACAAGACUCUCCAGUUGUAAACUUGACCUAGGUUUGGUGGUGGAUACAACUCAAAGUAUCAAACAAAAGAACAUCAACGAAUUGAAGACAGUUUUGAAAAACCUCGUGCAACAAUUCGAUAUAUCAAACGAUGGAGCCCACAUAGCCCUAGAGACAUUCGGUGACAAAAGCGUAAUCCACAAUCUUUUUGACGAACCAAAAUUUUUUGAAAAAAACUCUCUUACAAAUCUGAUAGACGAAAAAAUCGACAAACUGACAAAACCUACGCGUCUCGAUUUGGCAUUGGAGAAGGCCGACUUAGAACUAUUCACCAGGGAAAAUGGAGACAGACAUGGCGUGCGAAGUGUUAUGGUUUUGUUCACAGACGGAAGGUCUCACCCAACGGAGACGGAGAAAAAAAAGUACAAGGAACAUUUGAGAAGUAUUAAGAGUAAAGGUGUCCGUGUGGUUGUUUUAGCAAUCGGUCCAGACGCACAAAAGCCAAGUUAUCAAAAGGUGCUGAAAGAGCUCGGGGGAGAAAACGUGCUUUCAGCACAUGACUAUGGGUCACUUGUCGGAGCACUCAGCGAUGUCGUCAGUAUUAUCUGUCCACCAAACCCUUGCGAGGCUCAAGGAAUGGACUUGGCUUUCGCGAUCGACCGAACAAGAAGUGUUGGCAUAGAUGAUUAUAAGCUAGUCAAAGGCUUCCUCCUGCAACUGACUGACGCGCUGACCAUUGGACCAGAAGAAACACACACUGGACUUAUCGUGUUUGCUAAACAAGCGCACGUAAUAAGUACCUUUGCAGACAGUGGUUUCUACGAUAAAGAAAAUCUGUACCACCUUAUAUAUAACCUAUCGGGAGAAAAAGGCUCAUUUGGGCUCCGAUUGUUCAUUGACAGGGCGCUGAAAAAAGCCAAUGAAGAAUUGUUUACUGAUAGGGGAGGUGACAGGCCGGAAUUUCCAAAUGUUUUGAUUCUUUUGUCGGCUGGAAAAACAAAUCCUGAAUCGAAGUCUUUCUCGGCUACAAUUCCUUUGCUUCAGAAAAAGGGAGUUAAAAUUAUUACAAUUGGUGUUGGAAAUUAUGAGGAAUUCGAAGGACAACUGGAAGAAAUUGCAGGAGAAGACGUUUACACCGUAAACAGCUUUAAACAACUGUCUGAUUUGUUUGCUGGGAUUUUGGAAGCAACAUGCAGUCAGCCGCAAGUGAAUCGGAGGCUUUUUAAACUGAGGAGGGACUGGCACAGAAAUAUUUUAACCUAAAUCUGAAUGGACUUGAUCAACUCUAUCGACCAUCUGAGAUCUACCAUUCGCCGACCACGUGAACUAAUACCAGCAUGGUGAUUCUCUUAAGGGAAGAUCAUUUCGACGCAUGCACUGUUUCGUGAGAGCAUUAAUUCCCCUUCGACAAUCGGAGAGAGAAAAAGUCACGUAUGAGCAGCUCUCUGAGGUUUAAAUCACCACAAAAGAAUACACAAGCACUAGAGUGCACUCAAUGUGUGAUACCGUCUUAGUGAUUUCUAAUAAAAAGUGUGAAACAUGA